GUAACGCUGCAGCUUUGCGUUAACGUGGUUACAGUAAACCGUGGCUGUUAGCUGUUAGCAGGCGAUUUAUCUCGCGAUUUUUUUUAUUUUAUGUGCUUUUAAAGAGUUUAUAAAAGUUCUGGUUCUGUUCACUACCGCUGGAUUGGCUCUUAUUCGAUAUUUCUUGAGCCAUGGCUGCAGUAGUGGCUCAGUCUCACCAUAUCUUUGGCCUGAGGACUGGAGUAAAUAAUAACCUUCUGUUUUUCGAUGAACACACUGUGGUUUUUCCUUGUGGAAAUAACUGUGUGCGCUAUGACCUCGAUCAGGCAUGCCAGAGUUUCAUUCCAGGUACAGAGAGGAGCCAGAGCAUGCAGGCUAUGGCCAUCAGCGCUAACCGGCGCUACCUGGCCGUGGCAGAGCACAAGGAGAAGGCUACCAUAACCAUUUAUGACCUGCAGCACGAGCAGAGCCGCAGGAGGAAGGUUCUGACCGGUGGAGAGCUUCCAGUGCGGGAGUUCGUCUGCAUGGCCUUCUCUCCUGACUCUAAAUACCUCAUAGGUCAGGCUGGAGGACCGGAGUGGACCCUGUUCUACUGGGUUUGGGAGAAGCAUAAAAUCAUGGCCACGGUGAAGACCACCAGCACUGGUCCCAUCCACCAGGUCAGCUUCAGCCCUCAGGACAACAUGCAGAUCUGUGUGAGCGGCAACGGCUUGUUCAAGAUCUUCCGUUACACUGAAGGGGCCUUAAAACAGACCAACUCUGUCAAAAUGGAGCAACAUAACAUCCUGUCUCACGCCUGGAUGUCCAAAGAAAGGAUCAUUGCUGGAACUGAGACGGGACGGCUGCUUGUGUUUGAGUCAGGGGACCAGCGCGGGAGCCUGAGCGUCACCAGUAAACCCUCCACACAGGAGCCAGAGAGAAAAACAGACAGGAGGAAGUCGGAGGACACCUCCUCUUCACCGGCCUUAUUGCCAAGAGUGACGGCCAUCUCACCCUACUCUAAAGGAUUCGCCUGUUCAGCCGGCCCAGGAACCGUGUGCCUUUUUGAAAAAACGGAAGAGAAGGACAGUUACAAGAAAACCAGAGAAAUAAAGAUCCCCCCGGACCCCUGCUUUAAUGACCCGACUCAGGCAGAGCAGCAAGAGAUCAGCACUCUGUGCAUCAGCCCCUCAGAGGAGACGCUAGCAGCCAGCACUGACCGAGGACAGCUCUACCACAUCACUCUGUCCUCAGUGGAGAUGAGCAGGGGUGAACAGGCCCAGUUUGAGUUCCUGUCCCACUCCUUUCACUCCGGCAUCAUUACUGGUCUCUCCAUCUGCAUGCGUAAACCUCUGAUCGCCACCUGCUCACUGGACCAUUCCGUUCGCAUCUGGAACUUUGAAACCAAUGCUCUGGAGCUGUAUAAGGAGUUUCAGGAGGAAUCGUACAGUGUGGCCCUCCACCCCUCUGGGCUCUUCAUACUCGUGGGCUUCUCAGACAAGAUCCGGCUCAUGAACCUGCUGAUCGAUGACAUCCGGACCUUCAAGGAGUUCACAGUGCGCGGCUGCCGAGAGUGCGCCUUCAGCCACGGGGGACACAUGUUCGCCGCCGUCAACGGAAACGUCAUCCAUAUUUACUCCACCACUACGUUCGAAAACGUCCUGAACCUGAAGGGUCAUAACGGGAAGGUGAGGUCGAUGGCGUGGAGUGCAGACGACAGUCGGCUGGUCUCCUGUGGGAUGGAUGGAGCCGUGUAUGAGUGGAACGCUCUCAGUGGAAAGCGGGAGUCCGAGAGUGUGCUGAAGACCUGCAGCUACACGGGCCUGACCCUUUCCCCUGACAAUAAAACCAUCUUUGCUGUGGGGAGUGACUGCACACUGAAGGAGAUCCAGGACUGCCAGAUUCUACGGGAAAUGGCUUCGGAUGAUGCUGCUUACACAACCAUCGCAAUGACCCACUCAGGACGGGCUCUCUUCACAGGGACUGCUUUCGGCACAGUGAGGGCCAUCAAAUACCCUUUACCCCUGCAGAAGGACUGGACUGAGUACCAGGCUCAUUCUGCACCUAUCACCAAAAUGGUCGUCACGUUUGAUGACCAGUUUCUACUGACGGUUUCAGAGGACGGGUGUCUCCUUAUCUGGAAAAUAAUUGACAAGGAAGGCAGAGCGCUGAAGCGAGAGAAAGAAAUGAGUUACGCAGAGGAAAUCCUCAUCACCAAGUCUGAUCUAGAGGAAAAGAAUCAAUUCAUGCUGGAGCUGAAGACCAGGGUGGAUGAGCUAAAGAUGGAGAAUGAGUACCAGCUGCGUCUGAAGGACAUGAACUACAACGAGAAGAUCAGGGAGCUCACCGAGGAGUUCAUCCAGCAGAUUGAGUCGCUGAAAACAGAAAACCAGGUCUUGAAAACUGAGAAGGAGAAGCAAGCCGUGACGCAUAAGGAGGCUCUGAGAGAGGGCUUGAAGAAGCACGGCAAAGAGCAGCAGGACCUGGAGUCCAACAACAACCAGAAGCUGAUGCUGGAGUACGAUAAAUACCAUGAGCUGCAGCUGAAGUCGCAGCAGAUGCAGGAGAGCUAUGAGGAGAAGCUGCAGCAGCUGGAGGACAGUAAGGUCCACGCCCUGGAGAAGCUCACACAGUUUUACGAGGCUAAGAUUCAGGAGAAAGUCAGCGCGCUGGGUCAGUGUCAGGACGAGACACGACAGCAGCUGAGAGAAUUUGAGGAGACGAUAAAGCUGACGGAGGAAGACGGCGAUCGUGAGCUCCAGGACAUUCGCAUCAGAUACGAGAACAAGCUUCGCAAAGAGAAGGAGACCAACAUCAAACACGAGGAUGAGAUCAGGGUCAUGAAGAAGAAGCACGACAGCCUGCAGAGGGAGCUGAAGAACAAGGACCUGGAGAUCGAUAAGCUAAAGCUGGAGCAGAACAAGCUGGAGGGGAUCAUCAAAUCCCUGGAGAAGGACAUACUGGUCCUGAAGAGGGAGGUCCAGAAGAGAGAUGUGACCAUCAAUGACAAGGAGAAGAACAUCUAUGAUCUAAACAGCAAGAACCAGGAGCUGGAGAAGUUCAAGUUUGUGCUGGACUACAAAAUCACAGAGCUGAAGAAGCAGAUCGAGCCGAGAGAGAACGUGAUCAAAGAGAUGAAGGAGCAGACACAAGAGAUGGAGGGAGAACUGGCUCAGUUUCAGCAAAAGAACACUCAGCUGGAGCUGACCAUCGCUGAUCUGAAGCUAAAACUCAAAGCCACGGACAAAGAGAUGCACAAGGAGAUGCAGAGGGUGAGGAACGUGGAAGCUCUGGUACGGAGGAUUAAGACUGACCUCCACAACUGUGUUGGGUUUAUUCAGGAACCCAAAAAGCUAAAGGACAGCAUCCGAACGCUCUACGAACGCUAUGUGCAGCAAUCAGAUGUGGUGGAGAUAGUUGGUGUGGAUGCAGAUAUCCAGAGGGAGAACAGCAGACAGAAGGAGCAUCUAGAGAGAAAUGUGGCCUCUCUGAAGAGGAAACUGUCCAACGACACAAACGUCCACCAAGCUUACAAAGUCAAGACCAUGAAAGAGAAUGCCUUUCUGAUUAAAGAGAUCAACGAUUUGCGGAAGGAGCUGAGGCUGAUCCGAGCUCAGCUCCACAACUACGAGACUCAAGAAGGUCUUAGUAAGAAGAACAAGUGCAAGAGCGCCACAAACAUCAACAUGACGGCCUCGGCAGGGACAGUGACAGCGCUGAAGUUUGAGGAGGAGGCUGAGCGGAUUAUCCAGUUCCAGCGGGUGGAGAUCCAGAGGCUCAGGCAGGAGCUGCAGAAUCUCGCUCUGUCCACCCCUUCAUCCAGCACCAAACUGCCCACCAUCAUCACAUAAAUCACCUCGAAACACAAACUGGCAUUCAAAUUCUAAACUCUUAUAUUCCUGCUGUAUUUAAUAAAGAAAUAAACACAGAUGUAUUAUUUA